UUUUUCGAAAAAUAAUUAAAUGUAUUCAAAAUAUUUAUGAAUUGGUCACUAAUUUAAAUAAAUAAAUAAAUCUUACUUAGAAUAAAAAGUAUUUCAGUAAGAAAUCGACAGAGAUUUUUUAGAUAAGGUCAAAAAUAUCAGAUAAACUAUAGAAAAAGUUACUUUUUAUAAUUGCAAAAACCUCAUAAAACGUAAAAUUUACAAAAUUUAACGUCAAAUUUAAUUGCACGAUAAGUUUAAAUAUAAAUAAAUAUGUUUCUGCUACAAUAUAUAGAGUAUUUUUCUAUGCUUUUUUGUCUUCAAAGUAAAUAGUGCGUUUUAUUGUGUAUGUAAAGUUCGAAAUUAUAGCACAAUAUAAUGCCAGAAUAAUUUGAAAUUAACAUGAAACUUCAAAAAGGUAGGCCUAAUUAUUUAGAAUUUUGAAAGUUUUAGAUUUGAAACAGAUGUAGGCUAUUUUUCAGAAGAAAUGUUUAUUACAGUUUUUAGCGUGUUUUAGUUAGUUUGUUUAUUAUUAUAUGGUUGUUUGGGAAUAUUCUGUACUGCGCGUCAUCCUCCUUCAUGUCUCGUUUGCAUUUCGAACUGAGAAGACGUUUAUCUUUUGCGCUUACUUUUUUUAUCUUUGUGUGCAUCAACAUGGCCAAACGUUUUGCCUAUAAAGAUUUAGAAGGACUGUUAACAUCCGAGGACUCAUUUACCGAAUCUGAUGAGAAUAGCGAUUUUGGAAGUGACGAUUUUGAGGAGAGUAGCGAGGACGAAAUACGUGACGAACCCUCUACAACUUCAGAUAUGUGGUCCUUUACUCCUACAGCUGCUCGAGAACAGUUUCGUUUCACUGGAGUUCCGGGAGUUAAUAUUUCGAUAACAGAUCCCGAUGACGUGAUUGGAAUUUUCGAGCAGCUGUCCAACGACAGGAUAGUCGAACUUAUAGCGGAGGAAACUAAUAAGUAUUCCGAAAAAAAAAUACAAGAAGCUACAGAUAGUCCUCUCGGUCUAAGAAAGAAGAGCCGGAUGCGGAGUUGGAAGCCGACAAUUCCUGGUGAAAUUAGAUUGUUAGAGGGGAUGUUUCUCCUGAUGGGGAUUGUCAAUAAGCCGACUAUACAGUCUUUCUUCUCUACGAAUUUUCUAAUCAAAACCCCCAUAUUUAAUGAAAUAAUGGUAAGAGAUAGAUUUUUAUUGUUAUUGUCAUUUUUACAUUUUACAAGCAAUGAAAACAAAACCUCUAAACUGUACAAAAUAGAACAAUUGCUGGAUCUGUUUAGAUGUAGUUUCCGGUCUGCUUACACUCCAUCGCGAAAUGUUUCGAUAGAUGAGAGUCUCCUUCUCUGGAAGGGUCGAUUAUCUUGGAGAAUAUUUAUUCCGAUGAAACGCGCAAAAUUCGGCAUUGAAACUUUUUUAGUAUGUGAAGCUAAUACUGGGUAUGUAUAUAAUUUUAUCAUUUAUACGGGGAAGGGGACCGAAAUACCAAUAAACUUAGACGAUGUCGACCCUUCCAGAGAAAGUCACUCAACAAAUAUCGUGCUUUCGUUGAUGGAGGAAUUUCUAGACCAAGGGUAUUGUCUAGGAAUAGAUAAUUACUAUACCAGUCCAGAUAAUUACUUAUAGAUUAUCUCGCGUCCCAUCAUACGGAUGUAAUUGGGAUGGUAAAAAAAAUCGCAAAGAUCUUCCAAAACAAGUAACAUCCGCGAAAUUAAAAAGGGGGGGAGACAAUAGCUAUGUACAGAAACAAAACAAUGAUAAUGAAAUGGAAGGACACCAAAGACAUAUAUAUAAUGAGCACCACACACGACGACAGAAUGAUGACAAUCAAAUCGGGUUCAUCUAUAAAACAGAAACCUAAGGUCUGCGUCGACUACAAACAUCAUAUGGAGGGCGUAGACCUUAUGGACCAAAAGUUAUCAUAUUAUAAUGUGGCCAGGACACACAUAAAAAAAUACUACAUAAAAAUAUAUCUAAGAUUUUUAGAUAUUUCUGUUUUAAAUUCUCAUGUUAUUCACAAAGAACUGGGGGGGAGACUAUCUUUGUAUGAGUUUAGAUUAAAACUUAUCCAGCAAUUGUUCGACAAGUACAGAGAGAGUACUCAGGGGGUCAGAAAAAAAUCUAUUAUUCCAACUUCGGCUUCCAUUGACCGUCUCAGUGGUCGGCAUGGCCACU